UGGUUUGGGGCACCCUUCGCCACGCACCAGCAGCCUCCGCAAGCGGGACUAGCUCGGCUCCCCGGCGCAAAGCCUGGGACCCCUCGGCCGGCCGGACCUGCGGGAGCAGCACGCAGAGCCGCAGGGAGCCGCGGUGCCCGGCUGGGCUCGCCGGGUGCUGGCGGUGCGGGGGGAGGCGAAGCAGGCACGGGUGGGCAGCGCGGGCAGGGCUGUCCCCGCCCCGGCCCCGCAGAGCCGCCCCGUGCGGGGCGGGGCGCAGCCGGUGCGCUGGGUCCGGCGGCGGAGCCGCGCCGGGGACGGCGGGUGCGGAGCGGGGCGGUGCGGAGCGGUGCGGAGCCUGCCCUGGGACCGGGCACGGCAGCGGGAGCAGAAUCUUCUCCUCUCUCCUCAGAGCAAGGGAAGAUGACAUCUCAGCUCCUCUGAACCAGCAGCACCCAGGGACCAGCAGAGCCAUGGAGCUGGAAUACGAGCUGCCCAACGCCACCGCGUUCUGGUUCUCCCCAGCUUCCCCCUUUGACAACUUCUCCCUGGAGGCACCCACCAACACGUCACAGAAUGCCACAGGCCAGCACUUCGACCUGACCAGCAACGCCAUCCUCACCUUCAUCUACUUCGUGGUCUGCAUCAUCGGGCUGUGCGGCAACACGCUGGUGAUAUACGUCAUCCUUCGUUAUGCCAAGAUGAAGACCAUCACCAACAUCUACAUCCUCAACCUGGCCAUUGCAGACGAGCUGUUCAUGCUUGGUCUGCCAUUCCUGGCCAUGCAGGUCGCCCUGGUACACUGGCCCUUCGGCAAAGCCAUCUGCAGAAUUGUCAUGACGGUGGAUGGGAUCAACCAGUUCACCAGUAUCUUCUGCCUGACAGUUAUGAGUGUUGACCGGUACCUGGCUGUUGUCCAUCCCAUUAAAUCUGCCAAGUGGAGGCGGCCAAGGACAGCCAAAAUGAUCAAUGUGGCCGUUUGGGGCGUCUCCCUGUUGGUGAUCAUGCCCAUCAUGAUUUAUGCUGGGGUGCAGCAUAACCAUGGCAGGAGUAGCUGCACCAUCAUCUGGCCGGGAGAGUCAGGUGCCUGGUACACAGGCUUCAUCAUCUAUGCCUUCAUCCUGGGCUUCCUGGUGCCUCUCACCAUUAUCUGCCUUUGCUACUUGUUCAUCAUUAUCAAAGUCAAGUCCUCAGGCAUCAGAGUGGGCUCCUCCAAGAGGAAAAAGUCUGAGAAGAAAGUCACCAGGAUGGUCUCCAUCGUGGUUGCUGUCUUCAUCUUCUGCUGGCUCCCCUUCUACAUCUUUAACGUCUCCUCAGUCUCCGUCCUGAUUGUGCCCACGCCUGUCCUCAAGGGCAUGUUCGACUUCGUGGUGGUCCUCAGUUACGCCAACAGCUGUGCCAACCCCAUCCUUUAUGCCUUUUUGUCUGACAACUUCAAGAAGAGCUUUCAGAACGUCCUCUGCCUGGUGAAGGUCAGCGGCAUGGACGAGGCGGACCGGAGCGACAGCAAGCAGGACAAAUCCAGGCUCAACGAGACCACAGAAACCCAGAGGACCCUGCUCAAUGGUGACCUGCAGACAAGCAUCUGAGAGGACAGUGGGGUUGUCCUUCCUUCGCUCUCCUCUCCCCACUUGCUCCCAACUAGCAGUGGUACGUACGGAGUCAGGGCAGGAGAGCCAGCUUAGGGGACGGCAGCGUGCACACCGAUGGGCGGUGGGGGUCCUUGGCUGGGCUCCUCCUGAGCUGCUGGCGGGUUGACUUUCAAGCGCUGGGAAGGAUAUGGUUCAAGAGGAGCUGCCUCACCAGGAAAACAAAGACAACUUGUAGCAAUGCAGCGCAUUUAAACACCAAAGUGCCACCGUUGGCCAUGACCUUUGCUGGGGCAGCUCUGCUGGCUUCCCUGUGUUACCCUUGGGGCUGGUUGGCUUUGGGUGCUCUGCCCCAGAACGGGCGCUUGCACGCGGAUACACACAUGCAGUGGGGUGGCCUCAGGAGGAGCUGAUCCCAGAGGUAUGUGCCAACAUGUGUGCCACCGUGGAGACGUGCCGUCUUGCAGCCAAGAUCUGGUGGGAGCUCCCUGGAGAGUCCGAGCACGCUCCCGCAGUCACCCUCCCCGAGGAGACAAAGAUAUUUGGGGUUGCAUUUUGUCCAGCUUAUAAGUUACCCCAUCGCCUCCCCUGAAGCCUCCCUGCUGCUGUUUGACUGACCCUGUCUCCUCGAGCCCCACCGUCUCCUGCUGCAGGGGAGCCCCUUCCCUCCUCCUGCCGCAACGUCACCUGCCUGCAGGUUCUCUCCUUGGAUGGAGGAUUUCCCCCUUUUCCCUCUCCAGUAGCCGCUGCCCCUCCUGCCCACCCGCAUCUGCUCACAGUCCAUCCCAGGCUGUGCCGGCAGCCGGGACCACUGCUCUCCCUGGCGAGCCAUGGCUGGGCUGGCUGAGCAGCCACGGCACGAUCGUCCGGCACCCGUCCCUAGCGGGAAAUCCUUAGAAGCAUUUAAACAGCAGCGAAACAGCGGGGGUUUGGAGCACGCUGGCACAGGCUGUGGCACAUCCCGCUGCCGACAGCUCCUUCACCUGGGUGAGACCUGGACCUGUCCUGGCCCGGCCGCAGCUCCAAGGAUCGCUGGGGCCGGGGCUGCCGGCCCCACGGCACACGGUGAGCGAGCAUCGACCAACUGCCGGUGAUGCCUGCCCUGCUCCUUCCAGGCAAGUCACACCAGAGGAAGGGGUGAUGCAGAGGAUGGGGGACGGGAGGUGUGGGGUGCUGGGGACUUGGCUCUGACCCUCGUCUGAGCCGAAGGGACCAGGCAGAGCAGGCGACAGGGUUUCCAGCACCAAAGCACCAAGGUGUGAGGAAGAGCAGGGCAGCAUGUGUCCAGCCCACCCCUGCCCCCAUUACUCUCCUACACCACAGCACAGGAAAGGGGGGACAUGGGGUGCAAUCUACAGUGUGGUGGGGGGGCUGGCAGGUCUGGCCUGGUGCCUGCUGCGUGUAGCCGCUUGAGACCUCCCUGCAGCAAUCAGCUCUGCCCCUGUUCCUGCAGCUCAGCGCACAAACCCAGGGCUUGGGAGCGCUGACUGCUGCUCCUGCCCCAGCAAAGCUGCCCUCCUCGGCCAGCACAGUGGGAGCACAAGGGAAAGCCCAGGGGAGAGGGAGAAGUGCCGUCUUCCUGCUGGAGCACUCAGAGCAGUUUCUGUGCCAGAGGCCAGGCUCUGUUCACAGGCUCUCGCUCCAGAGCUGAGCCGUGGGAAUGCAGUGGUUUAGGUGGAGAAAACAGCCCAGUCUUGUUCACCCUCCCCUUUCCCAUCCCACUCUGGCAUCCCUGCACCAGCCCCACCACUGGCAGACGCGGAGCUUUCACCUCGCGCUACAAGCGAUGCAAGAAGCAAGGAUGAGCCUUGCCCAUGAGAUGCCGCCCGUGUUGGGGUGCUGCCUUGCUCCGCCGCAUAUCCCCGCUCCAUGCUCUGAGAGCGCCAGCUCUAGGAGAAGUUUUCCCUCUGCCCGGCCCCUGCAGUGAGUCCCUGCCUGGGGCAUCACACUCGGCCAGCUGUGCCAUCCAGCUCCCUCACCAGCCCCCCAAAAAGACCUCAGUGCCGGGCUCAACAUCUGCUGCCUGGCACAACUCUGUCAGACACUGCCUUCAGCACGGCAGCACCGGCACCUGGGACGUGGCACAGCGCUCAGGGGCUUUCCGCAGGGCAAAGCAGAGCAUUGUCAGCAUUUAUUGGCUUUUAACCAUUUAGUGCUCCUCCAAGGAACAUGCGUCUGCAUUCAAGCACUCGGAGGCACCGCAUGGGCUCAGCGGGCACCUGCCCGUCCCUUCGCUGCCUGUGCUGGGCUGUACAGGCAGCCACUCGCCACUCGCAUCCCUGCAUUGGCUUCGUUAGGUAAACCCAAACCCGGGCUCUGAGGCAGCGCAGGCUGCCCUGCUGAUGCUGCAGGAAUAGAAACACAAGCAACGUGUCACACUACAGUGAAAUAUUGGAUGGUGAUUGCUGGGCCUGGUGCAGCCAGAGCCCUCUGUGGCUUCAGUGUCAUGGCUGGAGCGAUGCAUCAGCAGGGCUUUGGAUAUCUCAUAUUUGGUGGGCAGCGCAGGAGUUAUUCGUGUGGAAAGCGGAGGAGGCAGUGGGGAGGGGGGUGGGUUGAGUCCCCUGCCCAUCACAGGAGCUGAUGUUUGCACCCCCCCAGCGGGCUCAGACCCGCCCUGCCGGCAACUGGCUUUGCCCUGGUCCUGUCCGUGCAAGCCCUGCCACCAACACCUGACUGACAGUGGGGGGAGAUGCCUGUUCCCAGCCGCACACCCACAGGGUCUCCAGCAGGAGCCCCCAGCCAGGAGCACCUCCUCUCUCUGCUGGUUUAAUGUUGAAAAUACAGAAAGCCUGGCUUUCUAGCCCUGGAAGGACCCUUGCCCAGCACUGCACGUGCCCAGGUCAGCUUUGUCCUGGCAAAACCCCCCCAGGCAGUGACACCUCUGGGAGGUCAGAGCUGUGCAAAGGGGCUGUGAUCUGAAAUACCUCGUUCUCCCGCUUUGCACCCAGGAGUUCUCUUGGGCUGGGGAUAACAGGGCUGCAGGUGAGGAGUGAGGGGUGCGGGGAGCUGCCACCAACGUCCCAAAGGCCACCAAGGUGGGAUGCUGCAGGGCAGGAGCACAGGGCGGCUCCCAGGGGCUGCCAGGACACCCCAGGGCCACCCUCCCCCAGCUCACCCUGGGGGAAAGGGCAGGAAAGUGAAAUGUGCUGCCUCGGUGGAGCAAGCAGGGGAGGGAGCUGCAGCCGCAGCCCAACGCUUGCGGUAAAACCAGCAAAAUAAAACCUACUGCUGGUUCAUUGAUGACUAAUAAACAGCAGCACUCUUGCGGCUGAGAAUAACAAAGUUUUCUUUCCCAGCCACUUGAUUUUAGUGGGAACUUGACCUUGUAUUGGAUCUGUUCUGAAAAGCCUCACAGGGCUGCUGGCGGCGUAAUGAGAAAUCUCUCCUGGUUAUUGCAGAGCGAAUAGGCUGUUCCUGCGAGUGCUGGAGUGGCUCCGCUGCUACUUCACACACAGACUGUCCCCAGGCAGGCGAGAUUAAUUACAGCUCCCACCUGCCCGGCUGGAGCAGCAGGACCAGAUUUAUCAUAAAUCAGCGGCGAUGGCAAAGAGAGACCUGUGUGUCCUGUACAGCUCCCCUGUACUGCAGGAGCACAGAUCUGGCCCCGUGCUCCUCAGAGCAGGGCUGGGGCUGCUCGCUUUGCUGCAGGGCUGCGUGCGCAACGGCGCUGCCUCGGCUGGGGCUGUCACCAGCCAGUGGUGUUUGCAGCGGGUCACUCUUGUAAGAGACUGCCAGUCCCAGCACCUGCGUGGCCCCCCCCCCCCAAAGCCUGUGAGCAACCAACUCCCCUUCCCCUCCCUGCCACUGGCUUCCCCUCGCGCAGAAAAGGAACCCCAGCAAAGCUGAGGGGUGGCUCCGCAGCUCUCCCAAGCCCCCAUGGAAUUGACGUGCCUGGAGGCAUUCUCGCUCUCCCCACUUCUGCAGCCUUCGGGGAGCAGGGGCACAAAGCCUGGCGCUGUGGCUGGGCUGAGCAUUGCCCCAGGCAGGCUUCUGACCAUGCCCACCUCAGUCCAAGCCUGGCUCCUGGCACUGUGAUGGCCAGUGCCCACCCAGUGCUUGAUAGCUAAACCCCACUCCAAUGGGCAGGGAGAGGCUGGGUUUGGACCUGGAGCCUUCCUCUUGCACCUCUACAGCUCCUCAUAUCAGCACCAAAGCUGCCUUGGACUUCUUUAAAAUAAUGAUCUCCUAAUGAAUCGCACUGCCGUGUCUCUGGAGGGCUUCCUGACUCUCCAUCCUGACUUCGAUGGAGACUCCAUGGAGAGGUCCCUUCCCUCCCAGACCUGCCUGGAUGCAGGUGGCCUCACGGGCAGCUGUGCAGCCAGCAAUCCCCAGCCAGCUCCAUCCCCUGCAAUGAGAGCUCCCAGGCUCCGGAUCCGUGCCGCUGCUUUAGAGCGGGGCUCAACUCCCCCAUCUCUUGGGAUUGUUUCAGCCCUUGCUGUGAACGAGCCAAUUUCAAACCGCUCAGGGAGAGUCUCUAUCCACUCUGCCAGGGCUGCACCAGCCACACGCCCUGCCCAGGGCUGCUCAAAGGGGGAAUCGCCAGCAAGGUAGAGCAAAGAGCACAGCAGAUCCCAAACCAGCCUUCCUGCUACUAGGUCUGAAACAAGAGCUGCCACUUCCCGACCCAACGCCACCUCUGCUCUUCCCUGCCAGCCUCACACCUGUGGCUCGUGACAGAUUUCAACCCCACUCCCUGCUUGCUCCAGGAGCCGGACUGCAAAAAGCCAGGGCAGGAGGACAGCCAAGCUCCAGCUGAGAUUUGGGGGAACGUGCCUCAAGCCAUGUCCUGACCAGAAGGACACAAGGGAUGCAAAGCCUGGGCGCUCCAGCCACCCUGCCCCACACUGUGUGCCCAGGAGGAGGGAAGGGGUGGGUGAUUGUACAUACAUGUAUAUAUUGGACAUUCCAGCAAAGAGUUUUAUUAUACUGACACUGCAGAGACACCCUGCAGCUUCCAUUUUGCUGGGGCUGUUGGAGCAGCCCCUCCCUGUGCAUGCAGGAGCAAGUCAGACCCAGCCCCUCAGGGGUCCCUUGGCUCCCCCCCACCAUCCCCGAGUGCUGUGGGGCUGGUGGCACCAUGCACAAGCCAGGAGGGACUGCAGAAGCAGCUCCCACAUCAACAGGCAACUUCUGCAGGGCAAGGGAAGGCAAGCUUUACUCUCUGCUGGACAAAAGAGCCCUUCCUUCCCUGUCAAGCUGGGGCUGUAGUGAUCUGGAUGUCAUCCCCCCAGCAGCACUGCACCACGCUGCCCACCUCCUGUACAUACACCCCUCUGUAUCUAUAGCUGUGCUCUGUGUAGUGCGUGUGGGUCUGCUGUACAACACAUUGCGGCUGGAACACGCCGGAGAGCGUUUCUCUGCUUUAAGUCUUGCUUUCCUCUGUAGCAAUUGUUUCUCGAUGUCUCAGUGUCCCGCAGCGAAGGCUCCCAACUGCCACGGUCUGUGCCACAGGGAGGGGGUCACGGAUGGGAGCAGGAGGGAAGUAAAAGUUUUCCUACA